AUGGGAUUGUGCUCAUCCAAUAAAAAUCAAAAACCUAUUCAAUAAUCUCAAUUGAUAGUAUCUCAACCUGAUCAAAGUAUAAUUGUUUUGAAGUAUUUCUAGACAAUUUUAAAUAAUCAGAGACUCAACUGACAAAACAAACUAAAACUGCUAUUCCUUCGAUAAUGGCAUUCCAGAUUCCUAAUUUAAUAAAGGAAGAUAUAGAUCCACCAACUCCUUAAAGUUUCAGACAUAGUUUUAGCAUUAUACCAGAAAUUAAGAAGUCGCUUGAAUUUAAAACUGGCUUUUUCAAAACUUAUUCUGUAAUAACAAAAAAUUGUAAGAAUAAAUAAUAAACCAAUAGAGGAUGAUAAUACUCUUAUUUGUCAACAUAAUAAAACUGCUGAAUUAGUAUUAGUCUAUUGUAUGGAUCCAAACAACAUUUAAGAUCAAUAAUUGAUAAAAUCAAUAAAAUAAAAUUAAAAUGUAAUUGAAAAAAUUAUAUAUUAGGAUAAUAAUAACAUAUGUUAAUUUAUUGAAAUAUUUAAUGAAAAUAAAACAUUAUACUUAGUAUAAGAAUAUUGUAAAGGAAGCAAAUUAUCAAAAUUAUUAAACUUAGAAAGAUCUAAAAUAAUAUUCAUUAUGUCAUAAUUAAUAUAAGUUUUAAAUUAAUUGAAUACACAUCACCUAUAUCAUGGAAAAUUAACUAUUGAUUCAUUUUCCUUAGUUGAUGAUUAAAGUUAUUAUGUUAAACUAACAGAUAUUAGACCAAUAUUUCAAUAGAAUAGAAAUUUAGAAACAACUAAAGAAAUCGAUGAAUAAAAUACAUAUAAAAGGUAUUAACCUCCAUUUGAACAUCAUCCAUCUAUAAAAUCUGAUGUAUUUGCAAUGGGAAUAAUAUUUCAUUAAUUAUUAACUGAGAAAUUACCAGAAAAAAUAAAAAUAAUUAAUAAUCAACCCAUUUGGAAUCCAUUAUUAAAAUUGUAAAAUGAGAAUGAUGACAAAAUGAAAAAAUUAUUAAAAUCUAUGUUGUAAUUGGACCAUAUAAAAAGAGUUUCAGUUUAAUAAUUAACUUAAAAUAAAAUACUCUCUAUACUUAAUAAUAAAGAUCUGAUAUAGGAAAUAUUAAAUAAGAUUUCAAUUUGUCCUUCUCAUAAUUAUUUUUAAACAGCCAUUUUAACUUUUAUGAUCUAAAAAUUUUAAUCUUAAGAAUAUAAAAUUAUCAAACAAUUAUAUCAAAGUUUAAUAGAAAAUAAUGAUAAUUAUUUAUAAGAGAAUUAAUUGGAAUAAAUUUGCAGAAAUUCUAAUUUAAAUAAGGUGGAAUUCAAAAUUGAUCAUCAAGAGACUGAUAAUAAUAAUCCUUUAUAAAAUAAUAGUAAAAGAAUUUCUGAAAAGGAUUUUUUGAUUGCAUUAAGUAAUAGAGAUAAAUUAUUAACAGAGGAGAAUCUAGAAACAACUUAUAACUAAUUAAAAAAUUCAAAUGGUGUAUUGAGUGUAAAGUCAAUAAAUAGAAAAAUUUAUAUUGAUUAAAAUUAAUUACUAGAUGAUAUGGAGAAAAUAUCAUUUAAUGGAUAGGUAUUAUAAUACAUUUAUGAUUUAGAUAACAAUAAAUGAAUUCAAGGACAUUAUGUAACUUAUGAAAUGA